AUGUGCGAAGAGUACGCAUCGCUUCUGGGCACCAACCGACUGAACGCGCCCCAAGAAUUCAAGCUUCUUCCGGUAGAUGCAUGUUGCAUGCGGUGCAAGGGUUCCAUGCCCGGACUGAGCUAUUAUGGAAUCCUGAAUAAAUCUUCGAAGUGGUGUGCGUUUGACCAUUUCUGUACUAGCAACCGCUACAAACAAACGCUCCGCGCCCCAGGAGGAAUGAGCGACCGAGUGUAA